AUGGAAGGAAAGAUAGACUUAAUAAAAGAAUUUAGUCAUUAUGCUACUGAGCACAAAAGUUCAAAUCCAUUUAAUGAAACCGGCAUAAAAGAAAUUCUUACACGAAGAUACAAAGAAAAUGUUGAUGAUUCAAAACCAUUAGAUAAUGAAGCAUCAAUUCAAACUGUUACUGUUGAUUUCCAUAAAAAAAUUCCACAAUUGGAGGAUGUUGAUUUGAUCAAAUCAGAUCCUUUGUGUAAUAUGCCAACACUAUCUGAAAAAGAGUCUGUACGACGAACACGCGAUAAAUAUGUUAAGCUGCAAUUGCUGUACAUGCAUCAAUUCAGGUAUAUAUAAUUAAAAAUUAUAUUAAAUAUGUAGAGUAUGAGUUUGGAGAAAGAGAUGACAGGAGGUUGAUAGGACUAGGCAGGUAAUGAUUAUAAGUGGUGAUGUAAUAGGUGAAGUUGAGAAUUUUAAGUAACAAUGAUGUUUUGUACAAAAGAAUGGUGUCUAUGAUGAUAAUGUGAAACAUUAAGUAUGGUUGGAUCAAGUAGAGAGAAGUGUUAUUAUUUUUAUGUGACAAGAUUAUUUUAAUGAGAAUUAAGGGUUAGGUCUACAAGAAUAUGGUGAGACCAAUGUUGUAUAGUUUGAUGUGUUGGGCAAUAGACAGAAAAAUAAAACAGAGAGUGUAGUAGAAAAGAGAAUGUUUAGGUGGAUGAGUGGAAUGAUGAGAGAAGGUAGGAAAAGAAACGAGUACAUAAGAUGCGGCUUCAAUAGUAGAUGAUAUGGAGGAAAAUAUUAAAAAUUUAAUUAAAUACUAUAAGUGUUAAAGUACUUACCAGUUAAUAAAUUUAUUAUUAUUAAUAUUAUUUAUUUAUUAUUUUUGUAUAGAUAUUUAUUGUUUAAGUAUCAUGUAAAUCAAAAAAAAAAAUUAGAAAAUCAAAAAUCUAAUUCUGAAUCAUGUACAAGUGAACUACACCCAAAUAACUUAAAAUGGACCACUGAAGAAGAAUAUGCAAAAUUGCAAAAGCUUAAACUGUUGGAACAAUAUCACAAAUUGCCAACUGGGCAGGAGGCGGUCACAUUUAAAACUGCAAUGGAUAGAAAAAUCAGAGCAUCUCCAUUUUUAAGUAAUAAGGGAAUUGUAAAUCCGCGAAAUUGUACAUUUGUAGAAAUGGGUAUAAAAUGUAAAGAAAAAAUUAUGCCUAAAAGCAAAUUUUGUAAAAAACAUAUAAUUAAAGACUCUAAGCAAGUUUUAUUUAGAGCUUGUGGUAUACUUCAAAGUGGUAGUAAAUGUCAAGAGCCUAUAUUCAAUUUUGAUGAAGAAUCUACAUGUAUUUUGCAUGAAAAAAUACCAAUGCUUCGGGAUUAA